AUGAAUGCUGAGCCACAUCACCGCCUCCGGGCCUCCCCUGCCGGAGCUGCCGAUGCAGCAGGGCUGGUCAGAACUUACAAGACCUGGGAAGGCAGCAAUAGAUUUUUACUUGGUGGAAGGCUUAUAUUCGGACCCGAUGUGAGAUCUCUUCCGUUAACAGUAUUCCUCAUUGUUGCCCCUGUUGCAGUUUUCUGUGGCCUUGUAGCAAGAAAACUCAUUGAUCACUUGGGAAUUUCAGUAAUUGUUGCUGUUUCUGUACUGACACUACUCGCUUUGGUUCUUCUUCUACUAACCUCAGGAAGAGAUCCUGGUAUAGUACCUCGUAAUGUUCACCCUCCAGAGCCAGAAGAUUAUGAUGCGAGCAUAGAGGGUGGGUCUAAUGAAACACAACAGUCGCGUUUUCCACGAAUGAAGGAAGUAGUUAUCAAUGGUAUAAUUGUGAAGAUCAAGUACUGUGACACCUGCAUGCUUUACAGACCUCCUCGUUGUUCUCACUGCUCGAUAUGCAACAACUGUGUGCAGCGGUUUGACCAUCACUGCCCUUGGGUUGGCCAGUGCAUUGGAUUGCGAAACUACAGGUUCUUCUUCAUGUUUGUCUUCUCUGCAACUCUUCUUUGUGUAUAUGUACAAGGGUUUUGCUGGGUCUACGUCGUGAGGAUCAUGCACAGUGAAGAUAUAUCGAUUUGGAAAGCACUAAUUAAGACUCCUGCCUCCAUUGCGCUCAUAAUUUACAGUUUCAUUGCCUUCUGGUUUGUUGGUGGCCUUACUAUGUUCCACUCAUAUCUCAUCAGUACAAACCAGUCUACUUAUGAAAAUUUUAGAUACCGGUAUGAUGGACGAGACAACCCAUUCAACAGAGGGACAAUUAAGAACUUCAUGGAGAUAUUCUGCACUAAAAUUCCUCCAUCCAGGAACAAUUUCAGGGAAAAAGUUCCAAAAAAUCCUCCAGUUCUUCCUACACCAAUUGGCGCCAAUUUUGUCAAUCCUGUCAUGGGGAAAGCCAUGAGUGACAUAGAGAUGGGGAGGAAACCAUUAUGGAAUGAGGCUUCAGAAGAGUUGGGUGAUUAUAGCAAUGAUGAUGGCGUAAACAAGGACCCUCGAUCGAGUGAGGCUGAUGCAUCCCAGGAUUUAAGUGGGACCCUUCCAACAGAGAGCACAGAGAGACAUGUUGCCUCACAUCCUAGGCGUUCUAGCUGGGGAAGGAGGAGUGGAAGUUUAGAUAUAUCACCUGAAGUUCUUGCUAUGUCAGCCGGAGUUGGGGACUCAAGACGGGUAACUGAUGGAAUCAGUGGCAACUUUACAACACAGACUGAACAAUCUCAGAUAAGUUCAUAA